UUUUAGAUUCUGUUCCUCUAUAUUAAUAACAUCUCUCUCUCUCACUCUCACAAGAAUCAGAGAUUAAUACUAACUAACUAUAUUAAAGCAAGAAGAGAAUAUUCCGAUGACCGGAGAAUUCGAACUAGAAAACAGCUACAAGCUUUGCGACGAGAUCGGCCGAGGUCGAUUCGGAACUAUCACUCGCUGUUUCUCACCGUCGACCAAACAGUUCUACGCAUGCAAAACCAUCGACAAGCGCGUGCUCGUCGACGCCCUAGAUCGCGAGUGUAUUGAGACGGAGCCGAGGAUCAUGGCCAUGUUACCGCCUCAUCAGAACAUCGUCAGGAUCUUCGAUCUCUUCGAAACAGAGGAUUCUCUUGCCAUCGUCAUGGAACUAGUCGAUCCACCGAUGACGAUCUACGAUCGGUUGAUCUCCACCGGCGGACGGUUAUCCGAAUCGGAAUCGGCUUCCUACGCGAAACAGAUCCUCCGCGCGCUCGCUCAUUGUCACCGGUGUGGCGUCGUUCAUCGUGAUGUGAAACCUGACAACGUUUUGAUCGAUCUCGCAAGCGGCGGAGUUAAACUCUGCGAUUUCGGAUCAGCGGUGUGGUUAGGCGGAGAGACGACGGCGGAGGGAGUCGUAGGAACGCCGUAUUACGUGGCGCCGGAGGUUGUGAUGGGGAGGAAGUACGAAGAGAAGGUUGAUAUAUGGAGCGCCGGCGUAGUGAUAUACACGAUGCUAGCUGGAGAGCCGCCGUUUAACGGCGAGACUGCGGAGGAGAUCUUUGAAUCGGUGCUAAGAGGGAAUUUGAGGUUUCCGCCGAAGAUAUUUGGAUCGGUAUCAGGAGAAGCGAAGGAUCUAUUGAGGAAGAUGAUCUGUCGCGAUGUUUCCCGGAGAUUUUCUGCAGAUGAUGCUCUUCGUCAUCCAUGGGUGAUGAACGUUGGCGACCUGACCUCGUAAGCAAUUAGUCGAAGCUCUCUAUAGAGUUAAUUACGAUAUGGAUUUAGAGUGGUGUUACUAUAUUAGAAGUGUUUGUGUGUGUGUUUAUAAUAUGCUCGAUUCGAAUACUCGUCAAACGUAGGCGUAGCUGUGGUUUUUUUAACAAUCCUACGGUUUUGGCACUAGAGAAGUAGUUGCUUAAUUAGCUUUUUUGUUUUGUUCAAAAAAAAAAAAUAAAGCAUUUUUGUAAACUAGUAGGAAUAAAAAAUUAGAAACGCUAAAACUAUAAAAGGGUUCUUUUUGGUUGGGCCUAGCAGAGCAGACUUAAGAUGGUAUGGGCUAGAUAUCGAAUUUCAGGCCCGUUUUCACCAAAUGACGUGCGUAAAGCGUAAAUGAAAAGUUGUGUUUUCAAUUUCUGCUCUAAAAAUCUCCUUUUUUUUUUUUGUUAAUGUAAUAGUUGAUCUAGUUGUGACUUGUGAGUCU